GAGAGGAGCAAGGCUUGGGUGCUAUGGAGUGUAGCUGACCAGCGUGUGAUGGAGAGCCGUGAUGUGAUUUUCCAUGAGGGGCUGAAUUAUAAGGGGUGGAAGGAGCGUGGUGCAAGCCAUAGUGGGACUUCCAUUCAAGACCCUCAUACGGCCUCUAUCUUUGAGGGGGCAUGGAAGGACCCUGGAGAUGAAGGGGAGGAGCAGCAGGAGGAGCCAGAACCAGCUGAUUCUAACCAUGAGGAGUCCCGAGAGACAGAUUCUACCCCUCAGCCAGCCACGCAGGCCGAUGCGCAUGAUGAUCAGCCGGAGCAGCAUGUGCCUUCAACUCCAUCGAGAAGCAGUUGGCAGCAGUUGCUUUGAUGUGCAUGCCUAUGAGGAUGAACCUUUGCUGCGAGAUGAGCUGGUCAAGCUCUACCAAAGCAUUGUGGGAUCCCUCAUGUAUGCUUGUACUACCACACAGCCACAGAUUGCAUUCGCAGUCUCACAGCUAUCUAAGGUCGCCUCUUGUCCUAAAAUGUUCCACUUGC